AUGAAAAAUCACCCUGUCUUGAGAGUGAGGCCAGUAUUUGCAUAGUUCUGGCUUAACUGUGGAAUUUACCAUCCAAGGAUUAUCUUCCCAGGGUGUGACGAUUUAUUACCUGUUUGCGUUCAAUGGGGCAACGAAUUCACUUUGUGGUUGACCCUCAGGGUUGGUGCUGCAUGAGCCUAAUUAUCUUGGUGUGGCUGUACAAUACAAUCUUCAUUCCAAAGGUCAUCCUUUUUCCUCAUUAUGAAGAGGGAAAUAUUUCAGUUGUGGCAGUUUUGUGUUAUUACUUCUGCUCAUUGUUUUGUAUAGCUUCAUUAUUUAGAGCCUCAGUCGCAGAUCCAGGAAAACUACCUGAAAAUCCAAAGAUACCUAUUACAGAACGAGAACAUUGGGAGUUAUGUAACAAAUGCAAUAUGAUGAGACCAAAGCGUUCACACCAUUGCAGUCGCUGUGGACAUUGUGUGAGGAGGAUGGAUCACCACUGUCCAUGGAUUAAUAAUUGUGUUGGUGAAGACAAUCACUGGCUGUUUUUACAGCUGUGUUUCUACACCCAGAUCCUUAGUUCCUAUACGCUGAUACUUGACUUCUGCCAUUACUACUACUUUUUGCCUCUGAAAAAAGAAAAAUGGGAUGUGUUUGUAUUUAGACAUGAACUUGCUCUCCUAAGAAUAUCUGCCUUCAUGGGUCUAAUAAUACUAGGUGGAAUAAGUCGACUCUUUUACGUUCAGCUAAUGGGUAUUUUCACUGACACUACAAGUAUAGAAAAAAUGUCACACUGUUGCGAAGACAUAUCGAGGCCCCGAAAGCCAUGGCAGCAGACCUUCUCAGAAGUUUUUGGCACUCAUUGGAAGAUCCUGUGGUUUAUUCCUUUCAGGCAGAGGCGACCACUGCGAGUUCCCUACCACUUUGCCAGUCAUGUUUAAACAGAUGGAUGCUGGGCACAGAUGGGUCCUCCAUGCUGGAAGUGCAUUACAGGUUUUAUGAUAAUAGGACUAUGACAGUCUUUAAGUCAAUUAAAAUCCAGUUGUAGGCAUCACAGUGUGACCUGGGCAUUAUUUUAGUUAUGGUCUUGAUUCUAUUCUGAAAUUAGUACAAGUUAAACAAUUAAACUUCAGGCUUAUUUACUUUAAAAUUAGCUUUCCAGAGAGAUUCCUUUUGUCUUUGAGAUUAAUACCAAAAGCAAACAACUGGAAUGGAGUCUUCAUCCAGUUUGAUACUGGCUCUUUUUUUUUUACCUUUUUUUUCCUUUUUCUUUCUUUUUUAUUUUUGGUGUAGGAAGCACUGAAGUUUACAUUGAUGGUUAGAUUUCUCACUAAGUGUCUUUUUCUGCCUUGAAUUUUAAUUUUUUUUCAAGUUUCUUAUCAAUAGGUCUGUCUAGAUAAUAAUGUCUUUUUUUUCCUGCAACAUAUGUUUAAAAUUCCAUUAUUCUGCCAGUAAUUUGAUAUGUAGAAGUAAUCCUGCAGCACUGCACUAUUAAAGAUUAUAUUUAAAGCUGAAGCAGAGUACUUCCUAAACCUUUCUCGGAGAGGUUUCGUAAAGGCACACAAAUGUGUGUUUACAUAGAGAACAAUUUAUGGUUUAUGGUUACUUUCUGGCCUAGAUACGUUAAUGAAAAGUGUUCAUGUAUUUAUGUCAGUGAGAGGGACUAAGUAUUUCAGGGUAAACUAUGCAGAUACAAAGCAUGUUUUCCCUAAAUCCCAAGGAUUUGAAUCAGCAAUAAUCAACAAGGAAGUUGCUUGGUGCAAAUACUAGAAUGAUUACUUUUAAAAAUUACAGAGGUAGUUAGUUAUAGUUAGUUAUAAUAGUGUACCAUAAAGAAGAGUAUAUUGUCAAUAAAGUUAAAAAUUUUAUAUUUACUUUUCUUUUGUCUUGAUUAGCUGGAAUUGGUCUAAGUGUUUGUAUAUUGAAAAUAAAAGUGAUUAUAAAUAUUUAUACAUAAAUAUAGAUUUGCUACUAACUAAUAGAGUACUAUGUUGAUGUAGAUAGCUUGUUUAAGUAUGAAAGAAGUUAACCAAAGAAAGCAUCUUUCAGAUCUGGUAAAAUGAUAACUAUUUCCAAAGUACCAGCUUGGUCUUCCUGUAUCUGGAAAAAUUAUUUACUUACUUUAGCCCUCUGUAUCUAAACAAAUACUAAUGUAAGAUGAUUGUGAAAACUACUGUGGAUUUCUAGGAGAAAUUCACAGAUCAGUGUUCCCAGUUACGCUGCUUACUGUGUUUGUUGCAUAGUCUAACAGGACUAGGAUCCACCUUAAACAGCAGCCAUGCAGCAGGACACAAUAAAAGAUGCAGAAUCAGGAUUUUAUAUGUAUAGAUUGUGCAGAAGGUAAUAGUUUAUUUGUUACUUAUUAUUACAAAAAAAGAAGGGCAGGAUUUUUCAUGACUAGUAUUUGCAAAAAAUUUUCAGAUCAACUCUUUUACAGUCAAUUGCUGCCAAUGCUAGGUGUCCCUUUAUUGAAUUAACAGAUAUUGAUGAUCCAUUGAAAGUUCCAAAAUAUAUAUUUUAAAAAUCACUUGAACUUUAAACUUUUUUAAACAUCUAAUAUUUGAUCCAACUUUACUUUUCCUGUCCUUUUAAAAAUAGAUGUAAUGUUUUAUUAUCUUAAAUUUCAAGCCUCAUGUUCAGUCAUUUUCCUUUUUUUUUUCCCUCAUGCCAGUUGUAGUGAGGUUAGACUUUCUUUCAAGGGAUAUUGGCAAUUUUGGCAUAUUGUCAGUAAUAUUUAAACAAAAAGAAACUUGAGGAAAUGUGUGAAAAGGCUGGAGCAGUGUUUGAAAUUUAA